UUGUUUCAGGGUUGUUCGGUCCCAUGUGUGUUCUGAGGGCAAUCCUGGGUGACCCAGACCCGCUGGGACCUCAGGGAGAGGGUCAUGUCUGGACACGGUGGCAGGUGAGGUCAAAUGCAGAAGGAAGGGUAUCCUCAUCGUCGUUGACAGGUGAAACGGACGUAUUUGGCCAAACCCGGCGGGGAGAAAUGGAGUCGGACAAAGCGGUGUUGUGUGAGAGCCUUGUUGUGUGGCUGCAGACCUUCAACACUCCAGCGCCGUGCACCACGACAGAGGAGCUCACCACCGGAGCGGCAAUGUCUCAGGCCCUGCAUAAAAUAGAUCCAGUGUGGUUCAGUGAAAGUUGGCUUGGUCGCAUAAAAGAGGACGUGGGGAACAACUGGAGACUGAAGAUGAGCAACCUGAAGAAGAUCCUUCAGAUGAUGGUGGGUUACUACAAUGAGGUUUUGAGUCAGCAGAUCCAGGAGUUCCCUCUGCCAGAUCUCACAAAGGUGGCAGAGCACUCAGACCCUGUAGAAUUGGGACGACUGCUGCAGCUUAUUCUGGGAUGUGCUGUCAAAUGUGAACGCAAACAAGAGUACAUCCAGAUAAUCAUGACUCUGGAGGAGUCCGUGCAACAUGUGGUGAUGACAGCCAUUCAGGAGUUAAUGAGUAAGGAGAGCAUGGCCCAGUUUGGAGCAGAACCAGCAGGGGAUGUAGAAUCCCAGCUGAAGAAGGCUCUUGAGGACCUGGUGGAUCUGAUGGCAGAAAAGGAGGAACUAGCCCAGCGCUGUCAGGAGCUCGACGUACAGGUGACAGUCCUGCAGGAGGAGCGGAACAGCCUAUUGGCUGAGAACGACGUGCUGACGGACCGAGCUAAUCAACUGGACUCAUUUGAUGACCCGAGCACACCCUCUGGACGCAAACACAGCCAGCUACAGAUUCAGCUGGAGGCAUUACAGGAGGAGAAUUUUAGGCUAGAGGCAGCUAAAGAUGAUUACCGUAUCCACUGUGAGGAGUUGGAGAAGCAGCUGAUCGAGGUUCAGCACCGUAACGACGAGCUCACCGGCCUGGCUGAGGAGUCACGAGCACUUAAAGACGAACUCGAUAUCCUCAGGAGCUGUUCGGACCGGGCUGUGAAGCUGGAGGCAUCAGUGGAGACAUACAGGCGUAAGCUGGAGGACCUGGGGGAUCUGAGGAGACAAGUGAAACUCCUGGAGGAGAAGAACAUGAUCUACAUGCAGAACACUGUCAGUCUGGAGGAGGAGCUACGCAAAGCUAAUGCUGCUCGUGCACAGCUAGAGACCUACAAGAGACAGGUCCAAGAGCUGCACCGAAAGUUGUCAGAAGAGUCUCGACGUGCAGACAACCUGGCCUACGAGAUGAAGAAGUUUGAAGAGAAACAUGACACUGUUUUGAAGGAGAAAGAGAGGAUCAUCAUUGAGCGAGACUCUCUGAAGGAGACUAAUGAGGAGCUGCGAUGUAACCAGGCACAAAAGGACCAGCUCCUACAAGCAGAGCUGGCAGGAAUGCCAGCUGGUAGUCCAAGUCACGAUAAUCUCGCCGCGGAGAUGCUGCCAGUGGAGUACAGGGAGAAGUUCAUCCGGCUCCAGCAUGAGAACAAGAUGUUGCGCGUGCAGCAGGAGGGAUCGGAGAAUGAAAAGAUCUCUGAACUACAAACACUGCUUGAGGAGGCUCACAGGACACGCUCGGAACUGGACACCGAGAAUAGGUUAAGCAGGGAGAGGGUCGCUGAGCUGCAGCAGCAAGUGGAGGAUCUGCAGAAAGCCCUUCAAGGUCAUGGAGCCAAGACGGAUGACUCUCAUCUGAAGAAGAAACUGGACGCUCAUAUGGUGCAACUGAAUGAGGCGCAGGAUGAGAUCAUGAAGAAGAAAGAGUUACUGGAGGACUUGCAGCCAGACAACACACAGGCCUCCUUGAGACUGGAUGAGCUGACGGCUGCUCUGAAGAAGAAGGAUGAUGACAUGAGAGCGAUGGAGGAGAGAUACAAGAUGUACCUGGAGAAAGCACGCAAUGUGAUCCGAGCGUUGGACCCCAAGCUGAACCCAGCCACAGCAGAGAUCCAGGCUCUGAAGAACCAGCUGACUGAGAGAGACAAGAGGAUCCUCAGCCUGGAGAGGGAGUGUGAACAGGCGAAGCUAAGAGAGUAUGAGGAGAAACUGAUUGUAACUGCGUGGUACAACAAGAGUCUGAGCUUCCAGAAGCUUGCGAUAGAGGCCCGCCUGGGGGGUCGCUCCACUUCCAUGAUGCCCCCUGGUCAGUCCUUCCUGUCCCAGCAGCGCCAGGUCACCAAUGCCACCCGCAGGGCCCUCUCUGUCAGCGUCCCGGCCACUACCGCCAAGUAAACCUGGGAUGGACGGCUUACUGAGGUGGCCGUCUCGUGUACAGGCUGCUGUCUCUUUAAGUAAACCACCAUUAGUUUGAUUAGAUAUGUUAGCGCUGGGCUGGAACAAAGGCCUGCUGAUAAAGCAGCCUUCUAGGACUGGGAUCUCUUACAUCUGAAAUAAACAAACGAACGGCCCUACUCUGACUCUCUUCCACAAGUGCACACUCAAGUGACCUUAAGUACGCUGUCUCCUGGCCCCUGGGAAAUGGGGGGGGGAGGGGGGCAAGCAUGCCCUGACUGACAUGAACACAAGCACUUACUUCAACCAGGUUGGCUACUUCUCACUGAUACAGUGGCACUGUAGCACACCGCACUACAGUUUAGAAUGUUGAUAAUCUACUAGAUUGAGUUUGAUCCUUUGUCUAGUGCAUUAACUGAGCCCUACAAUAUACCUGUUAGCGUAGCUCGCAACUGACACGAACUGGAAUUACUGGUAUUGAAUUGAACCAGCCUUGAUUCUUAAUCUCGACAUAUCCUGACAUACUGUAUAUUGAGUCAGUGAUAAUGUGAAUGCUUCUGUCUAUGGAUGUGCUGAAACCUAUAUUGAUUAUUCACAUUUGGAGCCUGUAACAGAGAUGUGGUCUUAAAUGGCUUAUUUUAGCUGCAUUACCAGCCGAAUAUAAAUGAUAUAUUAUAAAAGGAUUCCAUACAUUACCACCAAAUGAUCAACCAACUGCACUAUGCACAAUAUCAACCACUGGACUAGAGUUAAACCUCUUGUAUACCUUCUGUGUUCUCACAGUCACCAGGGAGAAAAUAAAUAGGAUUGGUGUAUUUGGUGCUGGCCACCAGAAGUUGUUAUUGCCGUGUAGAUUGACUCUUUACUACUUUAUUAAACAAAAACAGGAAGUCUAUACCAGUCAGACAAAAUCAUCUUGUGCUGCAACAACUAAACUUUUAAUAAUAUCAGAAAUCCAGGACAAUUAUAUUUAUUUUUUAUGCACUCACCUGUGAUCUGACUACUAGAACUUCCUGAAUCCUUUAACAGAGUACUGUUGGGCCUUUAUAUUCUCUCUUUAAUGUUUUUGAUCACUGGUAAGAAAUCAGCAGUAUAAUUAGUAAAAAUGUAUACAGCACUGUAAUCAGGGUUCAAACACCAGCUUGGGAUUUAAGAGCCGGUUUCACAGACCCAGAUUAAGAUAUAGUUGGGUUAUAAUAUAUAGAAAUUUGGAUAAAUUAACCAGAUGAAAAUCUUGUCCUAGAUGUGAUUAAUCAGCAUUUGUGAAACCUGCUUCUAGGUUUAAAUCUUCCUUCUCUGAUGAGCAAAAAACGCUGUGACAACUUUUGAAUGUUCUAAGAAUUUGUUUCAGUAAACUCUUGAAUGAAACAUGAACAUUUCUGUAAAACGGUCAUCCAUUCAUGUUUAUCACUUUCUCGAUGUUCGAUUUGAUGUUUCAUGAAAUUGAGUCCUGUAUGUCACGUUCAGAUACGCACGCUCGCAUGCGCAUGCGCACACACAGACACACACGAUAAAAUAAUGUGGUAACUACACUCUAUCGUCUAGAAUGUUUUCUUUUGCAGUGAAUGGUAUUUGUACACAUGACUCACAGCAAUUGCCAUGUAUACAGAGUUCAGAGCAGCACUACAAAAUGAAAUCGGAACAAAUGCUGUUCUGUUAGUACUUGAUAUUUUGGUAAAACAAAUAUGGAAUUGUGAAUUAUUAAAUUAUCAUAUGAAAUUAUGAAAAGUACAUGUUGGUUUUCAUGUAAAGAAUAAACUACAUUUCUUUC